AUGAAUGGUUUAACAAAGAGCAGGCCAUGGGUGUCCAGUUUGAACUGUUCGUUAGUACGCAGACAGAACAAAAGACGGCAACAUCGAAAUUCCAAAUUUGACCCCGUACUCUUGAACCCGGUGAUAGUGUUGGUGGCCACCUUGCAGCCCGGUUUCGUAACAGAGGGCGUGCCGCCAUUAUUGGACUGCAGAACACCACCGAACCCAAGGCGCUGCGAUGAGGAGUACCUCCUUUUUGUCUUGGCCCUGUCCAUUUCCACCCAGUUGCUGCUGAUGCUCUACGUGGGAUUUGCCGUCCUGCAGCCGAGUUCCUUGCAAAGGAGGCAGUUAAACGAGGGGCAGCGAAAGACCUUCGCCAGCUUCAUCUUCCGAAGGUUGCUCCUCCAGAUGGACAAGGCUUUCUGUGCGCAGGCAACGAUUCCCGGGGACGAGCGGUUGGACUCCUGCUUGAGAUCCAGUCAAAAAGUAGUUCUGGCCAUCCAAGUGUUCCGGCGUGAUGCUCUUAAGGUCCUUCACCCAGGUCAGGAUCUUUCAUCGGACUUGGCCAGCGAUGUUUACUAUGUGCUGGACGACGAGGAGCAUGAACUGGAUUGUAAUGGCUAUGGAUGCUCCCACAUCAAAGUCGAGGUCACCAAGGAGCUUCUGAUGCACCUGCUAUACCCGGAGAGAAUUAUCCCCGAGGUGUUGUAAUUUCCGCGGGGGCUAUCCAAGUACUACGACUUGCUACUGUGAAAUUCCUUUGCGCCAUCCCUUGCAGGAUCUAUCUAGAUUUUUCUGAAAUUGAUUUGUAUUUUUCUAAAAACCGUCUUUAAAAAUGUACUAUAUCCCAGA